UAAAAACACCAUUAGAGUGUUGUUAAACUUAAAACCAGCAAUAAUGGCGAUGGCCAGUCUACUGCUUCAACUUGUUCUUGCAGUAACCCUGCUAAACACAUUGGCAAAUGCAAAUGUGGAAGGUGAUGCUUUGUUUGCUUUCAGGAGAGCUGUUAGAGACCCCAAGAAGGUGCUGCAGAGCUGGGAUCCCACCUUGGUCGAUCCUUGCACUUGGUUCCAUGUCACCUGUGAUGCCGAAAAUCGAGUUACUCGUCUAGAUCUUGGAAAUGCAAAGCUGCGGGGACGUUUAGUGCCCGACUUGGGAAAGCUUGAGCGCCUUCAAUAUCUAGAGCUGUACAUGAACAACUUGGUGGGUUCAAUACCAGAGGAAAUUGGAGAAUUAAAAGGCUUACUGAGUUUGGAUCUUUACCAUAAUAACCUUACAGGCUCUAUCCCUGCUUCCCUUUCCAAGCUUUCAAAUCUCAAGUUCAUGAGACUGAACAGUAAUCGAUUGAUCGGAAGGAUUCCGAGACAACUUACACGACUCCAAAAUUUAAAGAUCUUCGACGUAUCGAACAAUGAUUUGUGCGGCACGAUCCCGACGAUGGGUUCCUUCUCUAAUUUUACGGAGGAAAGUUUUAGGAAUAACUCAAGACUUGAAGGACCUGAGCUGAUGGGGUUUGUGAGAUAUGAUGAUACAGGGGGAUGCAAAUGAAACUAUUAUGAGAUGUAAAAAGCAAAAUUCCACAUAUAUUCUCUUUAUAUAUGGGAAAUGCUUUGUGUUUUAGCACUAAAGAUGUCAUCUUUAGAAGCCAAUUGUCUCUCUUUUUGGGGUUAUAGCCAUAUACUAAUGGAGUUGACUUAUAUAUUCAA